UCAAGAAAACUGGGCAGACCAAGAAACUUGAGGCCAAUUGAUGAAUAUUUUGCUGUUAUGUGCAGACUCAGACAAGGCCUACCUGAAGAACAUCUUGCACAUCUUUUUAAAGUUUCAGUGUCUACAGUAAGUCGGGUUUUUAUUACCUGGCUUAAUUUUAUGUACCUAAGGUUAGGACAAAUCAAUAUUUGGCCUUCUAGAACAGCUAUUGAGAUAACUAUGCCGGAGGAUUUUAAGAAAAAAUAUUCAUCGACCAGAGUUAUUAUUGACUGCACGGAAGUUAGGUGCCAGAUGCCAAGUAGUCUACAACUGAAUGGUGAAUUGUUCAGUAAUUACAAACACCAUACAACCCUUAAAGGUCUAAUUGGAAUCAGUCCCGGAGGUGCCAUAACCUUUAUAAGUCAACUCUACACUUGAAGCAUUUCAGAUCGGGAGAUAGUUGCGAGAAGUGGUUUCCUUGAUUUGCCUUUUGAAGACAAUGACUCAGUCAUGGCAGAUAAAGGGUUCACCAUUCAAGAUCUGUUACCACUGGGAGUUUCCUUGAACAUUCCCUUUUUUCUAGGAAGUUCUAGCCAAAUGCCCGCUGAGGAUGUUGUGAAGACUCAAGAAAUUGCCAGCUUGCGCAUACAUGUAGAACGU